UUUCACACCGGCUUCACGGGAGUGGGAAGUUGAAACUUGAUCAAUCAAAAUUAACGUGGUGUGAGAAGGGGAGAAGCGUAGGUGAAAGGGAUGGUGGAUAUGUUCUUCUGGAGGGAAAGCAAUCUCCCGAACCUCCUUCAAAGCCAUUCCAAUCUACUACUUCUUUCUGGCCCUCCUUCUUCUGGGAAGACUUCUCUGCUUUUCCAAUUCGCAUUCAAUGUAGCACAAUCUUCUAACUCUUCCAGUCCCAAUCCAAGCGUCAUUUUCAUCUGCAUCCGCCACAGGUUGGAUUCCAAACCCCCUUUUCUUUCUCAGGGCAUUGACCCAUCUUCCCAUGUCUUCCACCGCAUACAAAUGAAGUACGUGAAUGACGAUGAAGACAUUAGGAAGUACUUUGCUGCCUUCCAUCUGUAUGAUACAUUGCCUGCAGCAGUUGUUAUUGAUGAUUUCGGAGAUUUCUUUACCAACAAUACAUGCCAACAACGAUAUUCCAACCCCCGCGGUCGAGACAUGGCCAUGGUCAAGAGUCUAGCCUUGUGCCAUAACGCAAUUACUUUUGCAAAUCAAAAAGGGUCUUGCAAGCUUCUCUUAUCAGAUACUCAUACUCACCAAGGAGACUCCCCAAGAUUUCACUUCAUCUACAAGAGAUGGAUACACACCAUUUUUACCAUUAAAGAGGGGGAUGUAUCUGGAUCAUUUAUUCUGAAAGAUAGGAGCAAUUCACGAAUCCAUAACACAGGUACGAAUAAAGCUGCAAAAUACUCCAUAGCUCUUCAAUAUCUGGUCUUUGAUGGAAUUGUAGAAGAUCAAGUAGAAUAGAGAUAUAUACCC